CUUCCUGCAAGAAGCGUUGCCCGUUGGCUAGCCGCUCCGGUGGGGAUCUGCCUGCCCUGGGGGCGCCGCCCGCGCUCCCCGCGGUGCUCCUGCUCCUGGGCUGCGCCAGUCCGAAGCGGUGUCGGUUCCUUUGCCUCACCGAGUCGCAGAUGCUGCGGGCGCCUCCGGGGAAAGAUCUGGGCAGCGCGCUCGCUGGAUGGAGACAGGAAGAUCCAGAAGCUAGUGUCACAUCUAGCAACAGAGCCAGAUCAGAACCCAGGUUGGAGGUGGAGUAGUUCAGAAUCAACUGACGCAGCCGGGAAUUGAGCUUUGCAAAGCCACUUGCAAGGAAGGGAAGCAUCUGCCCAACCCUCCCCACCGCGCGCCCUGGAUCUCUGCCUGCCCCCUCCCCCGUGACGUCACCCUAGUCCUGUCCCGGGGAGCCUGCAAAGCCUCUCAGAUUCAAACUGCUAGACGCACUGCUGCCGCCGCCACCGAAUUGGAAACGCGCGCCCAGGCUCCGCCGUCGCCUUCGCCCGCCGACCGGGCCAGCCGGCUCUCCGACCUCCCGACAGAGUUGCACCCCAGUCCCUCCCUGGCAGCUCGGCUUCCCUCCGCUCCAACUCUUCUCUUCCGCUCCUGCCUCCUGUCGGAUUUUUAAUUUCUGCGCACCCCCAGUCAAAUUAAAUCAAUCAACAAAAAGCAGGGCAUCCCCCCUGGAAGCAGCGUCUUAUUUUACCUUGUUCUCCCACUUCCUGAAGAUGCUAAACUCCUGGUGGACUGCAGAGGAGAGGGUUUCAGUCUUCUCCUGAUGUCGAUUGCGAUUUCUGCUGGGAGCUCAAGACGGGCGAGCCGCCCAAGAUCUCUUCGAGAUACCCCAGGGGAGGAGGAGAUGGGCAGGAUUUAGUAGGACAACUCGGUUACUAAUGACUUGGCUGCUGGCUGCGACCCCCCGGGAAAUCAGGUUUGCCUGUAGGUACCUGAGUUGACACCAAAGGUGCCUAAAGAUGCUGAGCGGCGUUUGGUUCCUCAGUGUGUUAACCGCGGCCGGGAUCUUACAGACGGAGAGUCGCAAAACUGCCAAAGACAUUUGCAAGAUCCGCUGUCUGUGCGAAGAAAAGGAAAACGUACUGAAUAUUAACUGUGAGAACAAAGGAUUUACAACAGUUAGCCUGCUCCAGCCCCCCCAGUAUCGAAUCUAUCAGCUUUUUCUCAAUGGAAACCUCUUGACAAGACUGUAUCCAAACGAAUUUGUCAAUUACUCCAACGCGGUGACUCUUCACCUAGGUAACAACGGGUUACAGGAGAUCCGAACAGGGGCAUUCAGUGGCCUGAAAACUCUCAAAAGACUGCAUCUCAACAACAACAAGCUUGAGAUAUUGAGGGAGGACACCUUCCUGGGCCUGGAGAGCCUGGAGUAUCUCCAGGCCGACUACAAUUACAUCAGUGCCAUCGAGGCCGGGGCAUUCAGCAAACUUAACAAGCUCAAAGUGCUCAUCCUGAAUGACAACCUUCUGCUUUCACUGCCCAGCAACGUGUUCCGCUUUGUCCUGCUGACCCACUUAGACCUCAGGGGGAAUAGGUUAAAAGUAAUGCCUUUUGCUGGCGUCCUUGAACAUAUUGGAGGGAUCAUGGAGAUUCAGCUGGAGGAAAAUCCAUGGAAUUGCACUUGUGACUUACUUCCUCUCAAGGCUUGGCUAGACACCAUAACUGUUUUUGUGGGAGAGAUUGUCUGUGAAACUCCCUUUAGGUUGCAUGGGAAAGACGUGACCCAGCUGACCCGACAAGACCUCUGUCCCAGAAAAAGUGCCAGUGACUCCAGUCAGAGGGGCAGCCAUGCUGACACCCACGUCCAAAGGCUGUCACCUACAAUGAAUCCUGCUCUCAACCCAACCAGGGCUCCAAAAGCCAGCCGGCCGCCCAAAAUGAGAAAUCGUCCAACUCCCCGAGUGACUGUGUCAAAGGACAGGCAAAGUUUUGGACCUAUCAUGGUGUACCAGACCAAGUCUCCUGUGCCUCUCACCUGUCCCAGCAGCUGUGUCUGCACGUCUCAGAGCUCAGACAAUGGUCUGAAUGUAAAUUGCCAAGAAAGGAAGUUCACUAAUAUCUCUGACCUGCAGCCCAAACCGACCAGUCCAAAGAAACUCUACCUAACAGGGAACUAUCUUCAAACUGUCUAUAAGAAUGACCUCUUAGAAUACAGUUCUUUGGACUUACUGCACUUGGGAAACAACAGGAUUGCGGUCAUUCAGGAAGGUGCCUUUACAAACCUGACCAGUUUACGCAGACUUUAUCUGAAUGGCAACUACCUUGAAGUGCUGUACCCUUCUAUGUUUGAUGGACUGCAGAGCUUGCAAUAUCUCUAUUUAGAGUAUAAUGUCAUUAAGGAAAUUAAGCCCCUGACCUUUGAUGCUUUGAUUAACCUACAGCUACUGUUUCUAAACAACAACCUUCUUCGCUCCUUACCUGAUAAUAUAUUUGGGGGGACGGCCCUAACCAGGUUGAAUCUGAGAAACAACCAUUUUUCUCAUCUGCCCGUGAAAGGGGUUCUGGAUCAGCUCCCGGCUUUCAUCCAGAUAGAUCUGCAAGAGAACCCCUGGGACUGUACUUGUGACAUCAUGGGGUUGAAAGACUGGACAGAACAUGCCAACUCCCCUGUCAUCAUUAAUGAGGUGACUUGCGAAUCUCCUGCUAAGCAUGCAGGGGAGAUACUAAAAUUUCUGGGGAGGGAGGCUAUCUGUCCAGACAGCCCAAACUUGUCAGAUGGAACCAUCUUGUCAAUGAAUCAUAAUACAGACACACCUCGGUCGCUUAGUGUGUCUCCUAGUUCCUAUCCUGAACUACACACUGAAGUUCCACUGUCUGUCUUAAUUCUGGGAUUGCUUGUUGUUUUCAUCUUAUCUGUCUGUUUUGGGGCCGGUUUAUUCGUCUUUGUCUUGAAACGCCGAAAGGGAGUGCCAAGUGUUCCCAGGGAUACCAACAACUUAGACGUAAGUUCCUUUCAAUUACAGUAUGGGUCUUACAACACUGAGACUCACGAUAAAACAGACGGCCAUGUCUACAACUAUAUCCCCCCACCUGUGGGUCAGAUGUGCCAAAACCCCAUCUACAUGCAGAAGGAAGGAGACCCAGUAGCCUAUUACCGAAACCUGCAAGAGUUCAGCUACAGCAACCUGGAGGAGAAAAAAGAAGAGCCAGCCACACCUGCUUACACAAUAAGUGCCACUGAGCUGCUAGAAAAGCAGGCCACACCAAGAGAGCCUGAGCUGCUGUAUCAAAAUAUUGCUGAGCGAGUCAAGGAACUCCCCAGCACAGGCCUAGUCCACUAUAACUUUUGUACCUUACCUAAAAGGCAGUUUGCCCCUUCCUAUGAAUCUCGACGCCAAAACCAAGACAGAAUCAAUAAAACCGUUUUAUAUGGAACUCCCAGGAAAUGCUUUGUGGGGCAGUCAAAACCCAACCAUCCUUUACUGCAAGCUAAGCCGCAAUCAGAACCGGACUACCUCGAAGUUCUGGAAAAACAAACUGCAAUCAGUCAGCUGUGAAGGGAAAUCAGUUACAACCCUAAGGCAUCAGAGGAUGCUGCUCUGAGAACUGUUGGAAACAAGGACAUUAGCUUUUGUGUUUGUUUUUGUUCUCCCUUUCCCAGUGUUAAUGGGGGACUUUGAAAAUGUUUGGGAGAUAGGAUGAAAUAAUGAUUUUGCUUUUGCAAGUUUUCCUUUAAAUUAUUUCUCUCUCUCUCUCCUCCCCACUUUUUUUUUUUUUUUUUUUUUUUUUUUUUUUUCCCCUCUCCUUUUCCCUUCUCUUCUUAGGAACCAUCAGUGGACAUGAAUGUUUCUAUAAUGCAUUUCUUCAUAUAUUUUGUUUAUGGUUUUGUUUCUUUUUUCUUCUUUGUUUUUCAGAGUGGGAGUGGGAAGAGGAGAUUAUAGUGACUGAAGAAAGAAUAGGCAAACUUUUCAAAUGAAAAUGGAUAUUUAGUGUAUUUUGUAGAAGAUCUCCAAAGAUCUUUUGUGACUACAACUUCUUUUGUAAAUAAUGAUAUAUGGUAUUUCCAUCGUCAGUUACCGAGUAUAGCCACUGGGCAUCACUACUUUGUGUUAAAGUGCCUUCGCACUUUAAGUACAUUACUUAAAUGUUGCUUUUAGCUUUGAUAAAUUGAAAAUAUUUUAAUGUGUUGUAUUUUUGAAACUGAAAACACUGUAAAAUAGAUUGAUGUGUCAGCUGUAUUAAGUCAACGUACAGUUUGCUUGAGUUAUAGAAACCAGCCUGUCAUCAAAUGAUUCUAGUUCUAGGACCUUUGUAGGCUUAACUAUAAAAUAUUUCCUUUCCUCUGGGUUUAAGUGAUUUUAUUUAAGUCAACUAAGGGGAUUUAACAGUGGACUAGAGGUAAUAAGCCACCUCAGUCAGGAUUAAUAAUUCAUUAAUAAAAUAUAUU